AGUGUAUUGAGCUUUUUGUUUAUUAUUUUCCCAGUGCAGUCGCCUUUAGUUUUGUGGUUCUUCUCUGUGUGCUGCUAAUGUUUGUAUGAUUUUGAGAUGCCUUGGAUUUUGCUAUCAAGCUUGGCAUUAAUAUCGAUAUGUUCGGCUUUUUACCUUCCCGGUUUGGCUCCUGUAAACUUCUGCGAAGCGCCAAAAAGUAAACCAACUUGCCCGAGUAAUGUAACGUUAUACGUCAAUCAUCUAGACAGCGAUCAAUCCGUCAUACCCUAUGAAUAUCACAGUUUUGACUUCUGUAUUGGCUCUGAAGAAGAAUCCCCUGUCGAGAACCUCGGUCAGGUACUUUUCGGGGAGCGAAUCAGGCCGAGUCCAUACCAGAUUUCAUUCCUGCAACCGCAAACGUGCUCCAAAGUAUGCUCCAAAUCCUACACGAAUGUGGCAUCAAGCAUUGAGAAGCUGCGACUACUCCAGCGUGGAAUGAGGCUAAACUAUCAACAUCACUGGAUCAUUGAUAACAUGCCUGUUACCUUCUGCUUCAAUAACCAACAGGAUGUGAAGGUUUGUACGACGGGUUUUCCAAUGGGCUGCUACGUGGACGCAAACGGACAGCCCCGAGAUGCUUGUGUUAUCGACCCACGAUUCAACCAGCCGGACAGCUAUUAUAUUUUCAAUCAUGUUGAUAUCACAAUCGAAUACCGUGACAUGACACACGACCAGAACUUUUUGGAUGGAGAGCAGGUCGGUGGACGUAUCAUUCACAUUUUGGUGAAGCCUCGAUCGAUCAAGCAUCCAAGUGCUGAUAAACUGGAUUGCUCUGAAACAGCUCCACCAUUCCCCCUCAAGGCUUCAGAUACUACCACACAGAUUGUUUACACCUAUAAAGUUGACUGGGUGAAAACCGAAGUGAAGUGGUCAUCGCGAUGGGAUUAUAUCCUCGAUUCAAUUCCACAUUCAAAUAUUCAAUGGUUCUCCAUAAUGAACUCGCUCGUGAUAGUGCUGUUCCUUUCUGGGAUGGUCGGGAUGAUUUUGAUGCGUACUCUACAUCGUGACAUCGCCAGAUACAAUCAGCUCGAUAACGAGGAGGAUGCCCAGGAAGAGUUUGGAUGGAAAUUAGUUCAUGGCGAUGUUUUCCGUCCUCCUCGAAAUGCCAUGAUGUUGUCAGUCUUUAUCGGCGCAGGGUGCCAGACAUUGCUUAUGGUAUCCAUUACACUUGUGUUUGCCUGUCUCGGAUUUCUGUCACCGGCGAACCGUGGAGCGUUGAUCACAUUUGCAUUAAUUUUUUAUGUCCUCUUCGGAAUUGUCGCAGGCUAUGUAGCAGCUCGUUUGUAUAAGACAUUCCAUGGUGUGCACUGGAAGACUAAUGUGGUGCUAACGAGCUUCUUGAUUCCUGGAAUACUAUUCUCUGUAUUUUUCUUCACCAAUCUCUUGCUAUGGGCAAAAGGCUCGUCUGCUGCGGUGCCAUUCGGAACUUUGCUUGCUUUGCUAUCACUUUGGCUAUUCAUAUCUACUCCCAUGACAUUCAUUGGUGCAUUCUUUGGAUUCAAGAAAAAGGCAAUCGAAGCGCCGGUCCGCACGAAUCAAAUUCCUCGCCAAGUACCUGAACAAACACUGUACACGAAGCCGCUUCCUGGAAUGCUCAUGGGCGGAAUCUUGCCUUUCGGAUGUAUCUUCAUACAACUUUUCUUCAUCCUCAAUAGCAUCUGGGCACAUCAGACUUAUUACAUGUUUGGAUUUUUAUUCGUCGUCUUCUUGAUUCUAAUCAUUACGUGCUCGGAAGCGACCAUUCUUCUGGCUUACUUCCACCUUUGUGCAGAGGGGCAAAAAUUGAAAUGGCCAGUCCCAGCAAGCCGCAAACCGUUGAACCUCCUACCUGUCGCUCAUCUGCAACUGGACUCAUGGCGCAGUAAAUUGGGAUAA